AUGACGGAAAUCAGCGAGAAGGAGAACGAGCCGCAAAACCGAGACCUUCACCGACCACAGGCUACCGUGCCCAGCCAACCUGAAUCAAAGUUGCAGCGAUUGAAGCGCUCCCUGUCCUUCAAAUCAGUCAUGCGCAGCAAGAGCGUGGACAACUUUUUCCAGCGAAGUAACGGCGAAUCCCGCCCUCCCUCAGCCCUCAUCACCACACCUCCACCCCCGCCAUCUCCUCCCCCCUUCUCCGAAUCCCCACUGGCCUAUGAGCGCUCUCCCUCCCAUUCCCCGUCUGUCAGUCCCAACCCCUCGUUGACAUCGCACUCACCUUCUGUCAGUCCCUCGCUGUCUGUGACCUCCAAAAACCAGCCAAAGUCUCAGGCCCAGCCGGUGCAACCGGUCAAGACCCACUGUUUCCAAGAGCACGUCUUCCGUAGGCCUACCAGCUGCCAGCGAUGCAAACACAUGAUCCAAGGGAACUCCAAGCAGGGACUGCGUUGUAAAGCCUGUAAGCUGGCGGCCCACCUCUGGUGCUCGUCGGAGCUCUCACUGCAGCCCUGUAAUGGCAAGACAGGAGCUUUCAAGAGGAACUUCAGCUCUCCUCUGCUAAACACCGAUGUGUUGGGUGUGGUCAGAGAGGCCCCUGCUGCCCAGGAGGCAGAUAAUGUUGACCCUGUGUAUGAAGCACUGCGCUAUGGAACGUCGCUGGCUCAGAUGAGUCGCUCAAGCUUCGGCAGUAUCUCUGAGUCACCGUGUCAUGAGGUGGAAAAACUGCAAGACAAACUAGAAAACCAGCCAAUAGCUGAAGAGGAGCACAUCCCAGGAAUGCUCACCCCUCCUGAAAGCGAGAAGGCUGAUUCAGAAGACAGGGUCAGCCUGAAGACUCCGAAGAGAGUAGAGGUUCACUCCAUCCACACCUAUGUGGCUCUCUACAAGUUUUUGCCUCAGGAGAAGAACGACUUGGAACUACAGCCUGGUGACAGAGUUCAAGUCACAGAUGACUCCAACGAGGACUGGUGGAAGGGGAAAAGCAGAGACAAGGUGGGACUGUUCCCGGCCAACUUUGUGCAGCGGGUCCGCCCUGGUGAGCGGGUGUGGAAGGUCACCGCUGGUUUCCAUGGCAACCGAGACAAAGGCCAGAUGACUGUGAAAGAGGCCCAGAUCUGUGUGGGGAAGAACGAGGAGACUGACGGUUUCCUCCGGCUGAGCAGCGGGAAGAAGAGAGGCUUGGUGCCUGUGAUGUAUCUGCUAGAAAUAUGACGGCAGCGCACUUCUCUUUGCCCCUCAGUUUGAUAA